CUGUCGGAUAUAUCAGCUUGCAAUGAUGAAGGUAUUACCGCACUGCAUAAUGCAAUCUGCGCAGGUCAUUAUGAAAUCGUGCGCUAUUUGGUGGAUUCGGGUGCCAAUGUCAACGCUCAGGAUUCGGAUGGAUGGACGCCGCUCCACUGCGCCGCAUCGUGCAACAAUUUACCGAUGGUAAAACUUCUUGUGGAAAACGGAGCGUGUAUAUUUGCCCAGACGUUGUCGGAUCUGGAAACACCGGCUGAGAAGUGUGAAGAGGAUGAGGAUGGUUAUGAGGGCUGCCAGCUCUAUCUAAAGGCUGCAGAUCAGGGUGCUGGGAGCGUUAAUAGCGGAUACUGUUUUUUCCAGAACCACAGUAUUAUUUCCAGAGCAAAAGCUGCUAGAAAGGAGGAAAAAUGCAGCUGCAAAAAAGGUUGCGAAAUUCCCAGAAUUUAA